AUGAGUUAAUAAACUCCAUAGUCAUAAUAUUAGCAACAUAGCAAUUGUCAGCAAGAUAUUACUUUAAGUAACCAAGAAAUUUUUACAAUAUUUAAAAACAAGGGCUUUAACAUAGACUCUGAAAAAGCCAUUUCAGAACCCACUUAAGAGUUCUUUAACAACAUUUUAGUUUAUAGUGCUUUUCUGAUAUUGAGAGUGCCUUUGGAAGAAAUAAAUUAGUCAGAAAUGUGUAAUCAGCUAGAUUUGGAAAUGGAAAACGGAGUAAAAGCUUUUCAAAUAUAUUAAAAAAUGAAAUAUAUAAAGCAAAUGCUAGAUCUAGUAGGAAUUGAAGAUUUUUGUUCAUAUGAUAUCAUCAAACCUGAUAAAAAGAAAGUUCGUAGAACGCUAGUUGCAAUAACUCAAUAUAUUUUAUAUUAAGAAACUAUCAUAAGUUCCCACACUUAAAUACUUGAUAAAAAUAGAGCUGACGAGUAAAAAAUAAAAAGAUAUGCAGAUGAGUUAGAAGUGCUCAAGUUUCAUAGUGAUUAGCUGAAAGACAGAAAAGAAGCAGAAAAAAAUUCUUUUUAAGAAAAGAUGUAGUUCUACGAAAAAUUAACUGCUGAGUACCAGGACUUGCUAAAGCAAAAGUAGAUUUUGAUAAAAUAAAAAUCUGAGUAUUAAAACUCAAAGCUUUAAAUGGAAAAAUCGAUUCACUAAGCAUAGGAAGACAUUCAAAAAUUAAUCGAAAAUAAUUAAAAAGAAAAAAUGAAAAUAGUUAAAUCUCCUUUUAAAUUAAAAGAUUAGUGCCUAUCUUUAUAAAAUGAAAUAGAAUAACAAAUGAAGGAGUUAGAUCUUAUAAAAAAAGAUUACUUAUUUAUUUGCAUGAAAAAUAAUUACAACGAUAAACUUCUUUAGAAAAUUCGUAAACAUCUUACUCUCCCAUCUCUUACGUUAGAGGAAAUGAUCAAAAAAGAGAGUGAAGCAAAUAAAAUUUUAAAAAAUGCUAAAAAUGAAAUCAAAGAGCUGCAACUAAAAGAAGAAGUCUCUCAUUAAUCCUAUCAAAAAAUAUCGGAUUACCACAUGGAUUUGAUUGCCUAGCUGGACUAAAAAAAUAAACUCGCUGAAGAAAAAAAGAAAACAUAUGAAGAUGAAAUAAAUAACAUGCUAAAAGAAUAGUAAAAAUUGAAAGAAGAGCUGAGUGAAGUUUAGAAAACUAUCUAUGAAAUUUAACAAAUGCAAGCAAAUUUAGAGCAAAAAAUAUCUGAAGAAGAAAGUUCUCAUUAAAUGUAUAUGAAUGAAAAGAAAAGUUAAAUGGAGGAAAUAGCAUUAAAGUUCAAAGAAUAUAAAAAUGAUGUCUUUUUACUACUUAAUUCAGAAUAAAUAGAUUGA